AUGCCAAGAAGCUUACCAACAAGUGCAACAAUUGAUCGCCAAGCUACCCACAGUGAAGGUGCCUAUCUCGGGACUUCCACUCAAGCUUUAUUUGGCAACAACGAACGUUGCGGAAAGUUAAGAGGAGUAGAGACAAUAUACCAGAAGAUGGUGCUCUUAUGCCUUGCCAUCGUCUAUGCUGUGCAACGCCUGCAACAUUACUUCCUUGCUCACAAGCUGCAGCUCAUAGUAAAGUCUAACCCAGUAAGAUACUUGAUCACGAGGCCAGUGCUAUCCGGACGUCUUGCACAUCGGUUGCUACAGCUGUCCGAAUUUGAUAUCACUUGCACAACGCCUAAAGCUAUUAAGGGACAAGCCGUGAUUGAUAUGCUAGCUCUAUUUCUUGAAGUGGAGGAUUCUACUUUCUCCGAAGAGGUUUUGGGAGAGCUGCCGAAAAUAGUGGCCAUUGCUACAGAAGAGGAACCGUGGACUCUCUACUUUGAUGGUUCUUCUACAUCGAAAUGA